AUGAAGUUCCAAUAUGAGGGCCCCGCGUUCUGCUGCAGAAAAGGAAAGGUCAAGAUAGCUACCCCUGAAAUUCCUCAAGAGUUGCAUCGGUUGUUUACAAGUCAGGUUGAUGCUGAUGCAAAAUAUUUUAGAAAACGCAUACGAUAUUUCAACACCCACUUCUCCUUCACAAGACUUGGAGUCACCCUUGAUAAGACGGUUAGCAAUGCAGCGAGAACCGGUGUGUAUACAUUUGUAGCACAAGGGUCAAUGUAUUACAAGAUGGAUGAUCUGGUGCCUGGUGGUCAAGGGCCUAGGAAUCUCCAGCUCUACUUCUAUGAUACAGAUGAAACCUUGGAACAUAGAGUGAAGCGGUCCCCAGACCUUGAUAUCAAUAUCAUACGGAAGAUUCUGGAGAUACUAGAGGAAAACCCAUAUGUGCAGACCUUUAAGAGCAUUGGAUCUAUUCCAAACCUAGAAGAAUAUAGGAUAUCCCUUAACACAGAUAUAAGACUGGACCAGCGAAGGUACAAUGCCCCCACAGCUUCUCAAGUGGCCGCGAUGUGGGUUGAAGGGAGUGACCCACAAAACACUUUUGAUAGGCAAGUUGUCUUGUAUGGCAAAGGGGACCGUCCUAUAUUUAUUAGAGCAUACUAUGGUUGCUACGAUCCUUUGGCGUAUCCAUUAUUUUUCCCGAGAGGAGAAACGGGAUGGAACCGCUGGAUACCAUAUGAAACACCUUCUAAAGUCGCUCUGGAGGACAAUGAGGAUGACACCGAGCGUGAAGACAUGCAUGGUCUAGACCAGACCUCAAAUGUACAUCUGGAACGAAACACGGAUGAGGUACCAGAUGAUGAAGAGGAGCAGGAUGAUGAUGAAACCGGAGGGUCCAGAAAAUUUGUCAGCGCAAGGGAGUACUACUGCUUCAAGCUACAAGUCAGGAAAGGACUUUUUAACAUUAUAUUAUUUGGUGCACGCGGGUUCCAGCAAUGGGCAUUUGACAUGUACAUCAAGAUGGAGACUAUGAGACUUGAUUUCUUCUCCAAGCCUAAGAAUCAAAAGCUCGUUCGUGCUGAUCUAUACCAGGGUGUCGUUGACGUCAUGGAUGCUGGCGAGACACAUGGUUCUCAUGUUGGUAAGAGAAUCGUGCUCCCGAGAACUUUUCCAGGAGGUGAUCGAGACAUGCAGCGAAGAUUCCUUGAUGCAAUGGCGAUAGUCCAGCGGUUUGGGAAGCCUGAUUACUUUAUCACAACGACAUGCAACCCGCACUGGGAGGAGAUUACAUCCGGACUUGAACCCGGGCAGACACCACAAGACCGUCCAGACCUUGUGGCGAGAGUAUACAGGGCCAAAUUGCGAAGUAUGAAGGAUCUCUUGAUAAAAAAGAAGUACUUUGGUGAGGUUGCUGCAUAUGUCCAUGUUACCGAGUUUCAAAAGAGGGGGCUGCCACAUGAGCAUAUGCUUCUGAUCAUGAGUUCGGAUAGCAAGCUGACAAACCCAGAUGGGUACGACAAGGUGAUAUCAGCAGAACUUCCUAACAAGGACAAGUACCCUAUAUUGCACGCUCUGGUGGUCAAACACAUGCUCCAUGGACCAUGUGGUGCUCUUAGAAAAAAUUGUCCUUGCAUGAUAGAUGGUGAAUGUCGAUUUCGCUAUCCUCGGCAGUUUUGUGAUGCUACACAGCAAGGAAAGGACUCAUAUCCUAUCUAUAGGAGGAGGCCUGAUGGUCAUCAAGUGAAGGUCAGAGGAGCAGAGUUGGAUAAUAGAUGGGUUGUGCCAUACAACCCUGGUCUACUUAUGCGGUAUAAUUGUCACAUCAAUGUUGAAGCUUGCUCUAGCAUCAAGGCAGUGAAAUAUUUAUUCAAGUACAUCUAUAAAGGACAUGAUCGUGCCUCAUUCUCGGUCGAUCCAGCGGUACAGAAUGAUGGUGAAGUAAUCAAUGAGAUUAAACAGUACAUGGAUGCUAGGUUCAUGGGGCCACAGGAGUCUAUCACCAGGACUUGCGGUUUCCCAAUGUUCGGUGUCUCUCCCUCUGUUCUCCAACUUCAAUUGCAUUUGGAAGAUAUGCAGCCUAUCACAUUCAAAGAGGGUGAUAAUCUAGAUGACGUCAUAAAUCGGCCCUCUUCUUACAGUACCAUGCUCACUGAAUUUUUGAAGAUGAACCUGGUGGAUCCUUAUGUGAGGAACUUCUUGUACAAAGAGUUCCCAGAAUUCUACCGGUGGAUCAAGGGUAAGAAGAAGUGGCAGAGAAGAAAGUUAAGAGGGCGGGGAUAG